AAAAAAAAAAAAAAACUGAUCACUUUCCCAAAGUAGUACAAUGUUACUAUGGUAACAUUGCACUACUUUGGUCAAAGUAAAAUAUGAAAAAAAAAUCUUAAAAAAACAGAGACUGCGGACACAGUACAGGGAUGACCAGAGACUGCGGACACAGUACAGGAGAUGACCAGAGACUGCGGACACAGUACAGGGAUGACCAGAGACUGCGGACACAGUACAGGGAUGACCAGAGACUGCGGACACAGUACAGGGAUGACCAGAGACUGCGGACACAGUACAGGGAUGACCAGAGACUGCGG